UUUUCUUGGUUACCUUCACAAAGAGGUGUGUAAAGAGCACACCUGAUGUGGAUCCAAUUAAAAUUAGCCAGCUGUAUUAUUUAUUUCUCUUUUUAAUUUACAGAUUUGGUUUAUAAACUUUUGUUAUUUUCACAAUUGACCACAUUGCAUUAAUGACUCUCAAUCUUUUCAAUAAAAUUGUUGGUGUCACUUUUCUUUUUUUUCUUUCACAAAAAACAAAAAAUUGUUUCUAUCACCUAGAGAACAGAGAACACGCUCCAUCUUCUUUCUCUGGUUUUUCUUUGUUUCCUAUUCUUCUUCUCCAUACCCAUUUUGCUGCUUCAUACAAGUUGAAUUUCACUUCAUCAUCUUAUGAAUCAAACUUGUGUUCAUCGAAUUAGCAUCCUACACAAAUCAACCAAUCUUUCUAUCUCUACCACAAGAUUUACAAGUAAGUUACUCUAUCUCUUGAUUUUUUGGGUUUUUCACUUCCUUUAGUUUUAGGUUAGUUUUGUGUUUGGUGCUUUGAUUUGUUGCUGAAUUUUGCACUGUGGGUAUUAGAGUGCAUUUACUUAAGAUAAGGCUCCAUGAAAUUAUAGGACAAGCCUUGAUCUAGUAUAAAAGACAAAGAUUUUAUAAGAGGGAUAUGUUUUAAUUAAGUUAGAAUGUAAUAAUUAUAGCUAAAAUAAUUGAUGAAUUAUUGGUGUGUGUGAGUAUGGAAUGAAGAACAGAAACUCAAUUAUUGCCUUGCGGUUCACAAACAAUCAUCGUUGUUCGCUGUUGACUACUAACAGUGAUAGUGAUAGGCUAUAACAAAAAAUUAUGACUAUUGAGUAAAACGAGUUCCAGCUCUUGCCUUUGUUUUGUUCCCGAAUUUUGCACUGUGAGUGCCUUGUUUUGUGCUUGUUCGGUUACCACUUUUAUAGUGGAUUGUAUCCUUGCUUCUUCAAACACUCCUUGUGUUUUGUUGAAGUUUAUCUAAUAAAAUUAUUGUUGUUUCAAAAACAAAAAAGUUUAUACCUUCAAAGAAUUGAAAUUGGAUUGGUUCUCUCAGCCAUAUCAAUGUUAAUAGCUGGUUUUUUUUUCUUCUUAUAAGCAAUAGCUGGUUUUGUUGAAAAGCAUUAAGGUAGAUAGUAUAUAGCUUUUACCAAUGACUGUGUUUAGUUAGGUUUUCAAUAUGCUUUUAAAACUUACAAAUUUAGUAUCAAUAAGGCCCCUGCAAAUAAUAAAUACAGGACGAAAGAACAUACAUGGAUAGUGGCUACAAAACUAUGCAAUCUGAACAAAAUCCAACAAUGACAAUAAUCCGGUUCACAAUUUCAAUUAAAAAAACAAGCUAUGCAAUCAGAUACAUUAGUUAGUCGAUGUAUUUAAAAUUGAUUUAAUUUUAUUUUUAAAAUUUGUUUUCAACGUUAAUAUGGAAUAUGAAUAGACUUUUAUAUUUCCUUUAACCAAAAAAAAAAAGUGAAUAGACUUUAGCCCCUAAACAGCAUCGUUAUUCCUUAGUUCUGCUUAGCUUAUGUUUCCAAUGCAUUUGCACAAUACCCAACCGAUGCCAACUUCUGUUGCAAUCCAAAGGAAUAUGAAGCACCACACCUUAAGAAUCACCACACCUUCAUCUAUUCACCUUAUAAAGCAAUGGCAAAUGAAUCAGAAGCACCACACCACACCUUCAAAAUGGAGAACAAUGGCAAACGAAAACGAAAAGAAGAUGAGAAUGGUUCUAUAUCCAUUACAUCUCCACUGUCUACCAAAAGAGAAGUUAGGGAAGAUUUGGAUACUGAAGUUAAGCAAAUUUCCUUUGUAAAUUUGAUCUCAGAAAGUGACAAACAAUCUAACCUGCAAUCCAAAGAGCAAAAAUCUAACAUGCAAUCCAAAGAGAAAAAUGGAUAUUUUGAUGAUUGGAAUCCCAACUUCUUUAGGCCAGCAAAUUGUGAUGUCAAAGAGGGUUUAAUUCAAAGGGUAACAACAUUGGAGAUGGUUGUUCCAAGUAUAUUAAAAGCAAUAGAAGAAUUGAAGGAGAUGAUAAAGACAAUAUCUUGUACACAUAACACACCUUCGCGGGGAGUUCCACAUGAAGAGCCCAAGCCCAAGGGAAGUGUUCGACUAUUGUUCCCUGAAAAAGGUGACAAAUCUCCUAUCGUAUUAACUGAGACACUAACAGGGAGUUACACUGUUACACCUAGAAAAGGAAAAGAAACUCACUCCAAAUUAGUUGGACCAACUAUCCCCAAGUGGUUACCUCUAAUGUUUCAUCCAAAGAAGAAAAUGGAAUUAAAUCAUGAAGAAUGCAAUUUGGCAAUCUAUAUAUUUGGUUGUCCACCUAAUCAAGAAACUGACCGGUUAGCUUUCUUUUCAUUUUGUUUUGGCUUUUGUAAUUUCCAUGAAUUUAUGAUUUAUGUACAUUUAUUUUAUCUUGUUAAUUGUUGUAGGGAGGAAAUCAUGAUUUCUACAGAUCUCUGGUAUCAACAUGGAACAAGGAACUUGUUACAGAGUUUGAAGCCCCAAAAAAUGAUUUCUCAAGAUGUAAUUGAUUUUGCUGUGUGCAUGCUGACUUAUGAUGCGAAAAAGGAUACAUGUAACCCUAAAAAUUGGUUUCUACCAAGCACUUUAUCGCAAUUCGUGUUGUCAUGGAAUUCACCAGUUGAAAAGAUGAAAAAAUACUAUAAAGGACGGUUUAUGGGGAAUGCUGAUGUGAUUUCAAAGAUAUUUUUACCGAUACAUGACUUGGAGAAUCUCCACUGGUACCUUUUGGUAAUUGACUUUGUAAGAAAAGAAUUGGUUUAUCUCGACUCAUACCGAAAUUCCUCUGUGGUUAGAAACAGAAUUACAAGUAUCAAAACAUUGUCUACUUUUAUGGAACAAUUGUUGAUGGAUCCCUCUUUCUAUGAUACCGAUUCAAACUAUGGCAAAAGAAUAACAGAGUUCAAAUUAGUCACUCCAAAAGGUUUGGGACGUCAAGGGGAAGGAUCGAAUGAUUGUGCGGUUUGGGUGAUUAAUUGGAUGAUGCAACAGGGAGAGAAUGAAUAUAAGAUUGAAGUGGAUGAAGGAUCAAGACUGAAAAUUGCUCUACAACUGACACUUCAUCCUUUCAACAAAAAUAGAGAUUUGAUGCUAACAAAAUCUUUGGAACACAAGCAAGCUUUUGUGAAAGGAAAUGAUCUGGAGGAGAAGAAUUGAAACUAUUUGUAAUUCAUGUCGAUUCUAUAAUGAUGUUAUGCCUUAGUUCGUAAACGCUUUUUUUGGUGGAUUUUAGUUGGAGAUUCUGUAAUGAUGUUAUUUCUUAGUUCGUAAAUGUUUUUUGAUGGAUUUUAGUUGGAGAUUCUAUAAUGACAUUAUUGAAUAUUUACACCACAAUUUAAGUUAUUGGUAUUUUUUUGUGUGGAU